AUGGAUAAACUGGAUGAUGACAGUUAUUGGAUUGACGGCACAGUUCUUGAGAUCCCAUCUGAGCGUUGUCCUGUUAUACUAGAUCCCUUUACUAAUAUGAACUUCCGAAUUUUAAUCGGUGACAUUCAAUGCAUGUCACCUUCAAAUAUAGCAAAUGGUCUUUUUAUUUUCGCAUCUCGAUUUGUCUCCUAUGUCGAUAUUGUUGGUGUAGUUCGUCAUAUUGAUCGUGUAGUUGAUGAUGGCACGGGUCAGGUAGUAUGUACAAUUUGGCGAAAGAAUCUAUCUCCUGAAGUGCCUGAAAAUGUUUCUUGCAAUAACCAAUCAGCAGAAAACCGCGCACUGGCUCAGAAACUGAUUCAAUUGGCAGUUCGAGCUACUCCUGUAGUUUCCCCGAUGCUCGAUUGGAAGGUUGCUGAACUUUCUCCUUGCCUAGGAGUUGGAGACACAAUUCAUUUGCGUGGACGCUUACAACUCUUCAAAGAGUCUAUCACUAUUUCAGCUAACUAUUGUUGUAUAAUAAAGAAUCCCCAGGAAGAACUCGACAGUCUUUUACAGGCCUAUCAUCUAAAAACGCAUAUCUACUCUCAACCCUACGAUCCCUCUCAAAUAUUUGAAAAUUUAAAAUCGGACAUGUUUAAAAGCUCCGAUGGGGAACUUCUACAGCGAAUCCAACACAUCAUGGAAUCAGAUGGUCUAUUUCACUUUACCGCUCUGGAUCUGCAACUGCAUGCUCAAGUAGUCGAAGAAAUUCGAGUACACAGUGAGUUGGUGGUCGAUGAGCUCUGUUAUGAACCCGAUUGUAACAUCGUUCACCCUCAAAAUGACACCGAAAUCACUCGCUCGUUGGAAUCAGCGAGUUUGAAAAGUUGUGUUUUGGAGAUUAUUGACAAGUUUCUCGAAGUGGGAAUUAUUUAUCGCUCAGCCGAUCCGAUUGGUGGAAAGUCCUCCUAUUACUUCACUCUCAAGAAUAGACAAUUGGCCAAACACGUUUGUCAAAUUAUCUCCGUGGAACAAAAGGAUUCCGAAGAAGGCGUUCCUUUCAAUAUCAUCUUGGAAAAGCUGCGAUUAUUUUCUCCAAUAAGUAAAUCCCAACGUCCCUUUCGAUCUAUGACACGAUCAGCUUUGAGCAAAUUGAUCAACCAUCUACUUGAAAAAAGCCGAAUUUAUGCCAGUUUUCCCGACUGCUACAAAAUAGCCUGA